AUGCCUUCCAACGAUAACUACAAGUACCAAACAAAAUACUCAAUCGACACUGAGUUGCUCCAGUUGAGUUCUUCCGAUGACCCAACCAACUCCUCAAUUCCACCUUUGUAUCAAACAACCACCUUCAAACAAGAUCUAUCCCCCAACGCUUCAAACCAGUACGACUACACUCGUUCAGGAAAUCCCACCAGAUCCAUAUUAGAAAUCCAACUCUCCAAGAUCAUGAAGUCCUACAGAUCCUUUGUGGUUUCCACUGGUAUGUCCUGCUUGGACUUGAUUUUGAAGCUUCUUGAACCAAAUACCUCAAUCUUGUCUGGGAAUGACUUGUACGGUGGUUCUGAUCGUCUUUUCAAAUUCUACGCAAAAAAUUUAAAUUUAAACUUGUUGCAAAUUGAUACCUCAGUCUUUCAAAAUUUCGUUGACAUCUUCAACCAAAAUCCUGACAUCAAAAUGGUUUUCUUGGAGAGUCCAACCAAUCCUUUGAUCAAAAUCAUUGACUUGAAAAAAAUUGUCAAUUUUAUUAAAUCAAACUAUCCAAACUGUUUAAUAAUUUUUGACAAUACAAUGUUGUCUCCCUUAUUCCUUACUCCCUUGGACUUUGGUGUUGAUAUUCACUACGAAAGCGCAACUAAAUAUCUCAAUGGCCACCAUGAUAUCAUGGCUGGUGUUGUCGCGACAAGAGACCCCAAAAUUGCUGAUAAAUUGGCCUUUACCAUAAAUGCAACUGGUUCUGCUUUAAAUCCCUUUGACUCGUGGCUUCUAAUCAGAGGCUUGAAAACUUUGUCUCUCAGAUUGGAAAGACAACAAGAAAAUGCUCUUAAAUUGGCCAAUUUCUUGGAUUCCAUUCCAAACUUAAUUGUUCAUUACCCCGGUCUCAAAUCUCAUCCUCAAUACGACUUGCACAAAUCCUACACUAAGGGCUUUGGCUCUGUAUUGUCCUUUGAAACUGGUUCCAUCUCAAAAUCAGAAAAGAUUGUUAAAAACACAAACCUAUUCUCAGUAACUGUCUCUUUUGGCUCUGUUAACUCUUUGAUCUCAAUGCCUUGCACACUAUCCCAUGCCUCUAUCGACGCCAAAACAAGACAAGAAAGACACCUUCCUGAAGACUUGAUUAGAGUUUGUGUUGGUAUUGAGAACUUUAACGACCUAAUCAACGAUUUAAAACACUCCCUCCUAAAAGCUGGCUAUAGAAUCCCUUCACCGCUUGAUUAUGAUUCCUUAACCAUUCAAGCAAAGUUAUGA